GUUCAUCACUAUCAGCUGCACUUAGAGCAAUUAAAAUUAGAAGCGAGACGUAGUAACAUCAAAAACUGUGGAGUGGAUGACACGAAUGUGAGCUUUUUCACUGAAGCAAUAACGACACCGCGCACACCAGAAACACACGCAUAUUGUAUCCCGCAGGUAGAUAUAACGAACAUGCAAAUUUGCAAAUCUGUAGUCGCUACUGAUAAUACAUCCGCAAAAAAUGAUAUUCUGAUUGCCACUGAGAAAGGAUCGAUCUCUGUGAUUGAUAAAAAAUGCGAUAGCACAAAUUUUAGUAGCUCGUCCGAUUCGAGAAAGAUUUCAUUAGAUGCAAGAGAUAAGGUAUAUCCUGAUAGUGAGUGGAAAAUUGAAAACUGCAAUCAACAGCAGGUGAUGAUUGGAAACCACGAAGCUACUGUUCAAGACCUAUCGAAUGUCGGUCAUGUUUAUGAAGAAGUUAGAGCGAUUAAGCAACCAUGCAAUAGUUUAUAUGAGUACGACAUUCAAGAUUACUACGAGAAAUAUAGCCCCACUACAGCGAAAACCUUAAUAGACACGCUUUUCUUACCACGACAUACAAUUUGCAGAAAGUGCGCGAGAACAAAGGGCAGUCCAGUAUACACUGAUCGUUUGAUAUAUACGAAAGAGUCGUUGCUCGCCAUAGAGGUAAUUCUGUGUCAGUAUGACGACGUUUCAUGCUUCAAGUAUCCGCGCGAGGAUUCCGAGGAUAUUUUCUGCUCGCGAUACGAUCAAAAUCGAGAUUAUAUGCUAGUCUACAAUUACACGAAAACUAACGUCGCGGGUAUAUUUUAUUCUCAUUGCUGGCCCCGAGACAUCUUUGAUCUGCAAUCGCUGUUGAAGCCGAGCAUCAAUGUUGUAAAUCGUACUUGUUGCAAUCUCGUAGUGAAUACUCAAUUGUAUCAUCGCUGUAUAAUUAACUAUCACGUAAGAACAUCGAGAGCCGGCUGCACACCCAUGACAUUUUAUCGUGAUUAUGGCACUCUGAUAAGCAGCACGAAACAGAUUAGCCAUAAUGAUUCACAGGAUCCGCUAGUUUAUCAGGUCUACCGAUCGAAGGAUGAUCAUACCAACGAACACCGAAGAAACAGGUCGAGUUUAUUACUGCUGGAACCGUUGCUGCUAAUGCCGGAAUCAACUGAUUCUGAACACCGAGAAAAUACUAAAAAUAAGAUUUCGCAAUCAGAACGCACAAAAAUUAUCAAAAUAAUAAUGAUCUACGCAUUAUCGUUUCUUAUUCUUACGAGCAUUACAUUUUACAUCGUUUAUUUAACCUAGAA